GCCGCCAGCAGGGCCCUCCUGCGGGGAGGAACCGCCCCGCACCAAGUCGGCGCCCGCCAUCUUCUAGGGGCGACGGGGAGCCCGGUGCUGCCAUCGCGUGGCUGCCGGCGGGCGGGAGCAGGGCCGGGGCAGCAGCGCUCCGCCAUCGCGGCGGGGCGGGGACCGGGCUUCGCUUCGCUUCGUUUCGUUUCGCUUCGUUUCUCGUCCCUGCAGUGUCCGGCCUCCCCGCGGAGUCGCUCAGCGGAAACAGGAACAAAACCCGCCCGCGGAGGCGGGACUCCGCUAGCUUUCGCUUGCCGCCCGCGUCUCGCCUGGCGCCGGACCCCCGGUAGGCCUCGGCACCAUGGACCCGUUUCUGACCCUGCUGCAUUCCUUUUCCUCGAGCCUGUCGGCCGGGGAGCUGCGAGACCUGAAAUUCCUCUGCCAGGACAAGAUUGGGAAGAGGAAACUUGAGUCUGUCCAAAGCGGUGCGGAGCUCUUCAGCUUCCUUCUCGAGCAGCAGGUGAUAUCAAGCCACAAUGUGGACUUUCUCAAAAAGAUGCUUAUGGUCAUUAAAAGAGAAGAUUUGAUCACACGGCUAGAGCAUUUUGUAGAGGAAGGAGAAGCUGAUGUACCUGAAAAUCAACCAGAUGUGAAUGAAAAACGUCUGCAGAAAGUAGCUAUUGAAGUCAUAUGUGAAAAUGUUGGGAGAGAAUGGAAAAUGCUGAUACGGAAACUUGGCUUUUCUGAAGUGAAAAUAGACAGAAUAAUAGCAGCCAAUCCCCUUAAUUUGAAGGAACAAUUGGUUCAAUCUCUUCGAGAGUGGCAGAAAUGGAAGGGGAAAGAUGCAAAGGUGACUGAUUUAAUAAAAGCUCUUCGAGACUGUAACUUGAACUUGGUGGCAGACCUAGUUGAACAGAAGCUCGUGCAACUGAACAUUGAAACCAAGUGAAAUCAGUGUAAAAACUCAUUCACAUCUGUGAUGUGAAAGUAAAAAAGCAGAAGUGCCUUCUUGUGUUCAAAACCAAAAUCACUGUCAUUGGUUCUGUUAAUUCUGCAAUUCAUUCAUGUGCCUUAAAUUAAUAGCUUAAUUUACGGUCAGAUUAAGACUAACAUAAAAACAAAUUCCUUUCAGGUAAUGCUUUGUAGCUGAUGCUUCCCUUUAAAUGAUUUUACCAUUCAGAAUAACUACACUCACUUGUGUAAGAAUUCUUACACUUCAGUUCAGCCUCUCACCUGAAAAUAAUAUUUGCUUUAUUGCAAUUACUUUUCAGGUAACUUCUCUGUGAAUACAUCCAUGGGACACUUGUGAGGGAGCUGUAAUUUAAAACCUGAUAGGGAGGGUUUUUUUUUUUUUUUUUAGUGGCCUGUUUGUAACUAGUGUGAAAGGGGUAAGGAGGUAGAGCUCUUUGCUGUUUAGUGGGUCUUCUUUUUGUUUUAGGUGACAUAAGAUAAUGUCUUCCAUAAUUUGUUGAGUACCUUGGUUAUCAGCAGAAGGAUACUAAGAAGACUGUAACGUCAGUCUGUAAGAUGGCAGUGCAAAAGGGGCUAAUACCUAUUGUAGUGGUGCUUUUUUUUUUGGCAGAAAAUAUGCCCAGUUUGAAAAUGAACUUGUUGAAAUCAACAGUCUGUAUCAAGUGCCUUCAUACACAGAAUCAGAAUGGUAGAAGUUGGAAGGGACCUAUAGAGAUCACCUUAUCCAGCCCUUGUGCUCAAGCAGCAGCACCACCCAGAGCAGGUUGCCCAGGACCUUGGGAAUCUCCAAGAAGGGGAACUCCUCAACCUCUCUGGGCAACCUGUGCCAGUGCUCUGUCACCUGCAGCAAAUUCAUAAAGUACUUCCUGAUGUUUAGAUGGAAAACAUCACCCUGAGGGAAACUUUCUCCUGAAAGUACCAAAUAAAUUUUAAGCAUGUCACAAAUGUUUACAGCAGACUUUUUUUUUUUUUCAUGCCUUGAAUGUUUUAAGAUUCUUCACAUCAAGUCAUCUUGAAGUAGGAUUGUUAACUGCAAUAUCUUUCAAACUACAUAGAUAGAUGCCUGAAGGGAGAGGCUUCAUUUUUGCUACUCUACCUGUGUGACUUAACCCCUUUCAAGUUCUUGUUACACAAUGCCAUUACUAUGAAGGCUGCGUGUCAGAAUGUAAUACAUCACUACUCUUUCUGACACAGUUUUCAAAUUUUUCUUGAAUUUGGUGAUUGUAGUGUAGAAGGGAAACUGCUGUAAUGUGAACUUAACUUUUUAUUAGAGUUUUUUCUUGAAAAAUACUUGUGAGAAUCAUGUUAAUCCUAGUGUGCUAAAUAUCAGUGAUGAUAUACAAGCAAAGGAGCAAUGGGUAACACAAAAGUUUCCACCUGUUUUUUUUUGGCAUGUACAGUUCUUUAAGUACUCCCUUCAAUACUUGGUCAGCAUCAGUUGUCAAUUCCAAAGUUCUGGUAGGAGAUGAAAUGCUGCACUUCAACCAAAUGACUAGUUCAAAAGUUUUAGUGACUACUAAUAGACUUGGUCUUCAUUCUGCGGUAUUUAAAUAAAAUUUUCAGAUUUUUUUCUUCAAGCAUUUAGGCUGUCUUUCUGAGCAGAGUGGAAGAGAAGUUAGCAAAAUGAGUUAUGUUUGUGAUGAAGCAGCUCUGCAACAGUCCCAAGUUCAAUCUGUCCAGUGUUUUCCUUACCUACUUGUCCUAAGUUUUCUGGUUCACAAAAGAUAAACAUAGCAGGAAUAUUAAAAACCAUACUGCCUACUGGAUAUUAACAGGAUAUUUUAAGAAUCAGUAGGAACAGCUGUUGUAGCCAAGUGCUCAUCUGCAAGAACUGUUCUGCCUCAAGAUGUGAAACUCAAGGAUUUGUACAUAGUGGAUGUUUGAAAGCAAAGACCUAGACUUCAGCAAUCUCUUA